CACAACUGUUGUGGGCUGUCGAUUCGUGAUUGUGAGAUCUUGUAGUGUGCUUAUCCAGACCUCUUCUGCUGACACCUGCGUCAGUCCCUUCGCAUUCAUCCCACUCCGCUCUACAGCGAGUUGUUCGAAAGCCUCCUGUACCAUCACGCGUGCGCAAACACAUCUCUCUGGCUAUACACGAAGAGGAAUCAUCCGCACUUGGGAAUCAUCAAAGGAACGGCAAACUCAUCCCCACCACACCAGAUCAUAUACCUCGAGUUGCAAAGGAGAACAGUCGCAGGAGCACUUGGCUAUCACUCGACCGCCUCAAUAAGCAGCAGCAGCUCACCUGACACCCCUACGGAGGCAGACAGUCGCCAAGAUGGUGUCCGAAACAAAGUUCUACGACCUUCUUGGCGUGAAGCCAGACUGCUCGGAGUCUGAGCUGAAGAAGGCGUACCGAAAAAAGGCAUUGGCACUUCACCCCGACAAGGGAGGCGACCCCGAGCAGUUCAAAGAGGUCACAUCCGCAUACGAGACGCUAUCAGACCCGCAAAAGCGUGACAUGUAUGAUCGAUUUGGAGAAGCAGGACUUGGCGAAGGUGGCGGCAUGGGUGGAAUGGACCCUCAAGAUUUGUUCUCGCAGCUUUUCGGAGGUGGCGGCGGAGGUUUCUUUGGAGGUGGCGGCUCUCGCAGACCCCAAGGUCCUCGCAAGGGCAAGGAUCUCGUCCAUCGCAUCAAGGUCUCUUUGGAAGAGUUGUACGUCGGCAAAACCACAAAGCUUGCCCUUCAAAAGCAAGUCAUUUGCGGAAAGUGCGAAGGACGUGGAGGCAAAGAAGGAGCUGUCAAGUCUUGCGGUGGCUGCAAUGGUAGCGGUGUCAAGACCAUUCUCCGGCAGCUCGGACCUAUGGUGCAGCAAUUGCAACAGACUUGCCCCGAAUGUCAAGGUCUCGGAGAGCAGAUCAAUGCCAAGGACAGGUGCAAGACUUGCUCCGGCAAAAAGGUCAACCAAGAGCGCAAGGUGCUCGAAGUUCGCAUCGACAAGGGUAUGAAGGAUGGUCAGACCAUCACUUUCAAGGAGGAAGCAGAUCAAGCGCCCAACACGAUACCGGGAGAUGUCGUCAUUGUGGUGGACGAAAAGCCUCACUCGCGUUUCAAACGUCGCGAGAACGACCUGUACGUCGACAUUGAGGUUGAUCUGCUGACUGCUUUAGCGGGAGGCAAAGUCACGAUUGAGCACUUGGAUGAUCAUGCGCUCAGCGUCGAGAUUCCAGCUGGAGAGGUGGUCAAGCCAGGAGCGAUCAAGGUUCUGCGAGGACAGGGCAUGCCUUCUUACAGGCACCACGAGUUGGGAGACUUGUACUGCACACUCAGCGUGGCUUUCCCAGACUCUUUGCCUCCUGAGGCGUUCCCUCUGCUUGAAAAGGCGCUGCCUCCUCGCAAGCAAGCUAGCAAAGUCAAGGGAGAUGUGGAGGAUGUCAUCAUGGAUGAUGUGGAUGAGCGCGAGGCUAAUCAGGCUAGACGAGGAGCUGGAGCUGGUCAGGGAGCUGGCAUGGACGAAGAUGAAGAGGGUGAAGGAGGACCUGGCGUUCAGUGCGCUCAACAGUGAUGCGCCCGCCGCCUUGUUGGAUUCUCUUCUUCCUGUCGCUCACCAACUCUACGCCAUUCUUUCUUCCGUCUGCGGGUCCUCGGGCAUGGUUGUUUUUGCGCGAUUGUCGAGCAACACACCACGCUCCAAGAAAGGAAAAGCCUCUGUAGCCCGUCCGCCUCGCGACUGCUUCGUUCCACGCACGUACACAUCAUAGAAUGUUCAUGUCUUCUUUGAAGAGGUCUCGA